AUGCGGCGAAGUCUUGCACCAAGUACAACAGCGAAACGUUUAAUUGAUUGUAGUGAUUAUGAAAAUGAUUCAGAUGAUGAUGAUGAUGAUGGUUCGAAAACAAAUGGAAAACGUAAACGAAAGGAAAAACCAAAAAAAAUUUAUGCUAAUGCAAAAAUUUCAAAUAAAGGUUAUGAUACAAGUCAAUUUAUAUCUUCUUUUCGUAAAGCACUUGUACCUAUUGGAAAUUCUCCAUCGAUAAAUAUUGGAAGUGGUAAUAGUGAACAUGAAGCAUUUAUUCGAUCACUACUUGCUCAACCAUUUAAAAUCCCAAUUCCAAAUUAUAAAGGACCAAUAUCAGGUCGUGGUUUAGGUGUAAGACGUAUGGGUGGAAGACAAAGUUUAUAUGAUCCAGAGGAAGACGGCGCACUUGUUUUGUAUACACCACCAGAAUUAAGUGAACAUGAUAAACUUAGAAUUGACAAAGAUAAAGUACAAGUUCAUGUUGUCGUUGAUCCAGUUUUAUCAAAAAUACUUCGACCGCAUCAACGUGAAGGUCUUGGUAAGACACUGCAAUGUAUAACACUUUUAUGGACAUUAUUGCAACAAGGACCGGAUUGUAAACCAACAAUUCAAAAAGCCAUUAUUGUUUGUCCAGCAUCAUUAGUUAAAAAUUGGGAUAAGGAAGUAUAUAAAUGGUUAAAUGGUCGACUUGGUACAUUACCCAUUGACAAUGGUACAAAAUCAGAAAUUGAAACACAACUUAAAACAUUUAUGCUUUCUCAAGCACGUCGCUCGACAAAUCCAGUAUUAAUUAUAUCAUACGAAGCAUUUCGUUCACAUGCUGCUGUACUUCAUAAAGGUUCCGUUGGUUUAAUUAUUUGUGAUGAAGGACAUCGAUUAAAAAAUGCUGAAAAUCAAACUUAUGAUGCAUUAUUUAAACUUGAUUGUCAUCGACGUGUUUUAUUAUCUGGUACACCAAUUCAAAAUGAUUUACUUGAAUAUUUUAGUUUAAUACAUUUUGUUAAUAGUGGUAUUCUUGGUACAGCUAGUGAAUUUCGAACACGAUUUGAAAAUCCAAUUCGACGCGGUCGUGAUGCUGGUGGUACUGAUAAAGAAGUUCAACAAGCUCAAGAAAAAUUACAAGAAUUAAAUCAAAUAGUUAAUCGAUGUAUUAUUCGACGUACACAAGCAUUACUCACAAAAUAUUUACCGGUUAAAAUUGAACAAGUUAUCUGUUGUAAAUUAAUGCCAUUACAAAUUGGUUUAUAUAAAAAAUUUGUUGAAACUGGUAUAUCAGAACUUGGAUCAUUAAAUGGAAAAUUUUCACAAUCAGCUUUAUCUGUUAUUACAAGUCUAAAGAAAUUGUGUAAUCAUCCAGCACUUAUCUUUGAAAAGUGUUUAGAAAAAGCAGAUGGUUUUUCUAAAUUAUUACCUUUAUUUCCAGCAGGUUUUAAUAUGAAAACAAUUGAUCCAGUUUUAUCGGGUAAAAUGAUUGUAUUAGAUUAUUUACUUGCUGUUAUCAAGGCAACAACUGAUGAUCGUGUCGUACUUGUUUCAAAUUAUACACAAACAUUGGAUAUUUUUGAAAAAUUAUGUCAACAACGACGAUAUCAAUUUGUUCGUCUUGAUGGUUCAAUGUCAAUAAAAAAACGAGGCAAAAUUGUUGAUAGUUUUAAUAAUCCUGAAAGUUCAGAUUUUAUCUUCAUGUUAAGUAGUAAAGCAGGUGGUUGCGGUCUUAAUUUAAUCGGUGCUAAUCGUUUAGUCAUGUUUGAUCCUGAUUGGAAUCCAGCGAAUGAUGAUCAAGCUAUGGCUCGGGUUUGGCGAGAUGGACAAAAAAAACAAUGUUAUAUCUAUCGUCUUAUUUCGACGGGUACACUUGAAGAAAAAAUCUUUCAACGACAAGCACAUAAAAAAGCAUUGAGUAGUUGUGUAGUUGAUCAAGAAGAAGAUGUUGAACGCCAUUUUACAGCUGAUGAAUUACGAGAUUUAUUUCGAAUUAAUGAAAGUACUCGUAGUGAUACUCAUGACAAAUUUAAAUGUAAACGAUGUAUGAAUCAAAUUCAAAUAAAACCACCAUCUGAUGAUGCUGAUUGUGGUUGUGAUUUAACACAAUGGCAUCAUUGCUGGGAUAAACGUAAUUUAGUUGAUCAAUUACUUAAACAAAUUUGGCGUGAUGAUGUUAUUUCAUUUGUUUUUCAUCAAAGAUCACAUGAACAAAAAAAGACUGUUUGA